AUGGCAGACUUGGGGGGCCAGCGUAACCGGAAUUACCGGCCCUAUGGCAACGGGCCUGCCUCGUCCGUGCAACGAGAUGCUGCGUACAACGACAUCUUCGGGAGCGCACCUCCCCCGGGACGCUCCCAUACAAUGACAUCGCAGACUCCACAGUUCUCACAGGGUCGCGCUCAUACCAUGUCGUCGCAUGUGGCGCACCCCCAAUUUCAACGAGGACCGCCUCCGCCCACACGACAGCCAGUUGCAAAUGGUUAUGGACCCCCACCGUCAGCGCCGCCAAAUGGAUACCCCCCGGCACCACCGUCUGGAAAAUAUCAAGCCUACAACCCGGGCGCGGCGACCAUGUCCUCACAGCCGCCUCCGCCGCGACAGUACCCAGGGGGCCCAGGACGGUUCGCCUACCCCCGACCCCAACGCCUGGACUCUAAACCCGGUCCGCCAUCCCAGUACCCGGACCCCCACGAUCUCGGCCGGCCAAUGCCUCCUCCCGCCUUGAAUUCUGACCGGGAGAGGUCACGAUCGAUGGCUAAAUUGAGUGGGCCAUCCUACCAAGCCAGCCCAGCCCCGCCGACUCCCUUCAACCAUACCUCGUCUCAGCACGCUCGUCAACCGCCGCACCACUAUGGUGCAUCCACGGUGACCCAGCUUGGACGGACAGUUCCUGAUAGACACAGCGACACGAGAGCCAUGUCCAUGACCUCCUACGCGACGGAUGGCAACCAUCCCCACAUUAUGAACAGUGGAAGGCCAAUUCCAACUCCAACCCGAAGGCCCCCGUCAGGCCAUGAGCAAUCGACCCCGCCGCAGAGAUUUGACUCAAUGCCAGCCAAUGCGGCCGAUUUUUAUGUUAACAAACCCCGCCCUCCAAGCGAUGCGUCGACCCGAUCCCGCACAAUGUCCAUGGCUUCGACUAUCAUUCCAGAUCGAACAAUGAGCGUGCAGAGUCAGACCACACAGGGUUCUAACGAUCAAAACACACUUGUCUCUAGGGAUUCCCACCGUCGUGUUCCUGUGGUUUACCCUGCUCUGCUUUCGCGCGUUGCGGAUGUGUUUCGAGAGAAGAUCUCGAUUGGUGAGCGACAGAAGAACGGCUUGUCAUACCAGAAUGCCUUCUCGGGUACGGAUGCUGUGGACUUGAUCGCCAAUAUCAUCCGGACAAAUGAUCGCAAUUUGGCUCUCCUUCUGGGCCGUGCGUUGGAUGCCCAGAAGUUCUUCCAUGAUGUCACCUACGACCAUCGCCUUCGAGACGCUCCUGGGGAGGUCUAUCAAUUUAAGGAGACUUUGACCGAAGAUAGGACCGUCGGUACCGAAGUCAAUGGCGUGUUCACCCUCCUGACUGAAUGUUAUGUGCCUACAUGCAACCGGGACAGUCUUUGUUACUCCAUUGCCUGUCCCCGCCGCUUGGAACAACAGGCGCGGUUGAAUUUGAAGCCUCAGCCGAUUCUGAGAACUUCGGGAUCUCAAGGCAGCUUACAUCUUGAUGAUGACGAUGACAAUGACAACCAAAAGCUGUGGAUUAAUAUGGUUCCGAAGGAAGUCUCUGAGAAUGUUGACGACCACGAGAAGAAACGGCAGGAAAUCAUCUUUGAGAUCAUGUACACCGAACGUGAUUUCGUCAAGGAUUUGGAAUACCUGAGAGAUUUCUGGAUGCGACCAUUGCGUGCGGCUGGCACCAAUACCCAUUCUCCUAUCCCUGAACAUCGGCGAGAAAAGUUUAUUCGGACAGUGUUUGGAAAUUGCUUGGAAGUGUUGAAGGUCAACAGUGCUCUUUGUGAAGCCCUGAAUGCUCGUCAAAAAGAAAGUCACGUUGUCAAGACCGUCGGUGAUAUUUUCCUUCAGCAUGUGCCUCGCUUCGAUCCUUUUAUCAAGUACGGUGCCAAUCAGCUUUAUGGUAAAUUCGAAUUUGAGAAGGAGAAGGGCUCGAAUCCCGCCUUUGCCAAAUUUGUGGAGGAUACCGAGCGUCUCAAGGAGUCCCGCAAGCUUGAGCUGAAUGGUUACCUUACCAAGCCUACCACUCGUCUUGCUCGAUACCCACUGCUGCUGGAGUCAGUCCUCAAAAAUACGGCGGAUGAUAAUCCUGACAAGGAGGACAUCCCCAAGGCUGUGAAGCUGAUCAAGAGUUUCCUUUCGCGCGUCAAUACCGAGAGUGGUAAAGCCGAGAAUCACUUCAACUUGGUGCAGCUGAACAAUCAAUUGAAGUUCAACCCUGGCGACUAUGUGGACCUGAAGCUCACGGAGGAGAACCGCCAGAUGCUCACCAAAAUGGCGUUCAAGAAGACCACUGGAGAAAGCUCCGAGGUAACUGCCUAUCUUUUCGACCAUGCAGUGCUCCUUGUUCGUAUCAAGGUUGUGAACAAGCGAGAAGAAUACCGUGUGUACAAGAAGCCUAUCCCUCUUGAGCUUUUGGUUAUUGCUCAAAUGGACGAGGUCAUUCCUCGCCUGGGAAUUUCCAAACGACCGUCAUCGAGCCUCUUAUCCAACAAAGUGGCUCCCAAUCCUCCCCCUACCAAAGACGGACAGCUACCGAUCACGUUCCGCCAUCUUGGUAAAGGCGGCUACGAGCAGACUCUCUACGCAACGUCUCCAACCCAGCGAAGGAAGUUCAUUGAAAUGGUUGAAGAGCAACAACGCAAAUUGUGGGAACGCAACAGCAACUUCUAUAAUAAGACGAUCCUGUCUGAGAACUUCUUCUCGGCCAUCAACCGUGUCAAUUGCUGUGUUCCAGUUGACGGAGGACGCAAAUUGGUCUACGGAACUGACAGCGGCAUCUACCUGUCAGAACGCUGGCCCAAGGACAAGAACGCAAAACCCAGGAAGGUGCUGGAGGCCAGCCAGGUCACUCAAAUCGAUACUUUGGAAGAGUACCAAUUGCUCCUGGUCUUGGCAAAUAAGACUCUCCAGUCCUACCCUCUCGAUGCGCUUGAGAUAAGAGAGGGUCAAAAUACCAUGGCGAAGCGCCCGAAGAAAAUCCAGGGCCAUGCGAACUUUUUCAAGGCAGGCAUCGGUCUUGGUCGUCACCUGGUGUGCUCGGUCAAAACGUCCGCAUUGUCGAGUACUAUCAAGGUUUACGAGCCAAUGGACAAUUUGGCCAACGGUAAGAAGAAGUCUGCUGUCAGCAAGAUGUUCCAGAGUGGGCAGGAUACCCUCAAGCCCUUCAAGGAAUACUACAUUCCUGCCGAAUCUUCUUCCAUCCAUUUCCUGCGCUCUACACUGUGUGUCGGCUGUGCACGCGGCUUUGAGGUUGUCAGUCUUGAGACGACCGAGACGCAAUCGCUCUUGGAUCAGGCCGAUACAUCUCUCGAUUUCGUCGCCCGUAAGGAAAAUGUCAAGCCUAUUCAUAUCGAGCGUAUGAACGGAGAGUUCCUCCUGAACUACAGUGACUUCUCGUUCUUUGUCAACCGUAAUGGUUGGCGCGCUCGUCCAGACUGGAGAAUCUCUUGGGAGGGUAAUCCGAAUGCCUUCGCACUGUCCUACCCUUACAUCUUGGCGUUCGAGCCCAACUUCGUCGAGAUUCGCCAUGUCGAGACAAGUGAGCUCAUUCACAUCAUGACUGGCAAGAAUAUCCGCAUGCUGCAUUCUUCCACUCGUGAGAUCAUCUAUGCUUAUGAAGAUGAGAAUGGCGAGGAUGUGGUCGCUAGCUUGGAUUUCUGGAACAAGCCACAGCAGAUUUAA